ACUCUUUACCCAAUAUAAGACCAUAUAAGCCCAACCCUUAAGCAACUGUUUUAAGUCUUAACCCUAUUUCUUUAAGGAGAAGAAUAUUUGAUACUCUCGCCGUCUUUCCUUGAAUCCCACGAUACUCCGCUGUCGUUUGGCCCUUUUCAGCCGCCCAUCUCUCCGCCCUUUUAUCUCAAGCCUGCAAGGCAUGAACAUCAGUUCCUUCUUUCGCUCAUGAAGAACCAAUUGAAGAAGAAGCAGAAGCAGAAGCAGAAGCAGAAGCAGAAUCAGAAUCAGAGUCAGCACCGUUCCAUCCUUAACCUGUUUGGACGAAAUGGGUUCAUCUGCAUCUACUUGUUCAUGUUCCUAUCGCUACCUUACGCCGCUGCACAGAACAGUACUCAGUCUCCACCUAUGGAUCCCUAUGGCUUCAGCAACAGUUUCAGCCCUUCUACGGCUAUCUUAAUUGUCAUCAUCAUGACCGCCUUCUUCAUCUUGGCUUUCUUCUCCAUCUACGUUGGCCAGUGCUGCGGGCCCCAAACCGUUGGAAGCAUUCACCUGAAUAGGGUAGGAGGAGGAAUUUCACGAAGGAGAAAUCAAGGUCUCGACCUUGCCGUGAUCGAUACUUUCCCAACCUUCGCUUACUCAUAUGUGAAAGAUCACAAAUUGGGUAAAGGAGCUCUGGAGUGUGCCGUAUGCUUGAGCGAGUUUGAAGAUGAAGAUACGCUUCGAUUGUUGCCCAGCUGUGACCAUGUGUUCCAUCCUGAUUGCAUUGAUGCUUGGUUAUCUAAGCACACAACUUGCCCAGUCUGCCGGGCUAACCUCGGCCCGGUAUUUGGUGAAAUACCUGGAACUGCGGUACCGGUACAGGACAUAGGAGGGGAUUCCAAUGGGGAAAUCCCGGCAUCGGAAACAGGGGACGCAGAGAACCAGCAAGUUUCCAGUAAUAUGGUAAGCGAAGAACCACAGGUGGUGGCAGUGGCAGUGGCAGUGGCACCGGAGGUAAUUAAUCAAGCCCCGAUGCAGAACCGGCCGGCGAGAUCGAUGAAGCCGAGAAACAUGGGGAGAUUUCCACGGUCACAUUCGACCGGGCACUCGCUGGUUCAACCGGGAGAAGACGUCGAGCGGUUCACCCUCCGGCUGCCGGAGGGCGUGAGGAAGCAAAUCAUGAACAUGAGGCAACUGAGUCGGACAAGGAGCAUGGUAGCGUUUCCAAGAGUAGGGAGUUCGAGGAUGGGUUAUCGGACGACCGGUGAAGGAAGUAGCAGAGGAUGGAAAUCGUUCUGGGGAAAGGGUUACCGGACGAACGGUGAAGGUAGUAGUAGAGGAGGCAGUAGCAGAGGAAGGAAAUCGAUGUGGGGGAUGAGUUACCGGACGACUGGUGAAGGCAGUAGCAGAGAAGGGAAUUCGGUGAGGGGGGCGAUGGGGGAGAAACCGGAAGGUUGGGUCUUUUCGAUGACAAGGCCUUUCUUGAUGAGAGGCUCCAGUCCUCCGCCACCGCAGAUGACGGCGGAAGGGGAUUCUCCGGCCUCUCCUCCUCCUCCUAAACCCUUGAGGUCGCCGUCGCGAGUGUGCACGAAAGCUGAUGGAACUGUGCCCUCCUUGACUCGCCCUCCAGUUUGACUGUUAGAAGAUGCCUUUUGACACUUUUUGGCCUUUUGGACCACAGAUGGAAAGCUAGGUCUAGAAGAGUCGGCUGGUUAGACCUAAUCAGGGGAAUUAUGUUUUUUAUUAUUUUUUAAAUACAAUAAUGAGAGAGUUUCCUCCA